GUCGCAAUGGUCGCAGUGCUGUGGGCAUAUCGUUGACACAUGACACUUGACAUGAACUUGCAUUGAACUCAUCACAACUCGUGCUCCAACAACACUCUUUUUAGUGUGAGAAUAUGGCUGCCACCCCGCCAGCGGUCUCGUCUGUCCUGGACGGCCACCAGCAGCUCGCCAAUGAGCUCCGGGUGAAGAUCGCUGACGGCCCCGGUGCCACCGAUAGCGGCCCGGGGGGCGGCGGCGGCUCCGGAGAGCUGCGGCCGUACGCCACCGCCCGAGAGCGGCUGGCGCACCUGGUCCACUCCUACCGGUACCAGACGGUCGUGAUUGCUCUGGUGAUUCUGGACUGCAUCUGCGUUAUCGCUGAGCUGCUGAUCGACCUGGAGAUAGCCUCAGCCGAGGGAAGUCACGUCGUGAAGACGGUGCUGCACAACAUCUCGAUCGCGAUCCUGUCUCUGUUCCUGCUGGAGAUCCCGGUGAAGCUGUACGUGUACCGUCUGGAGUACUUCCGCAUGCCGUGGGAGCUGUUUGACGCGCUGGUGGUGAUCGUCUCCUUCUCGCUGGAUGUGGCGUUCCGACACUCGGUGGGACCCAUCAACGGCGCCGGGCUCAUCAUCGUGCUGCGGCUGUGGCGCGUCACUCGCAUACUCAGCGGUAUGGUGAUGUCGGUCCGUCGCCACUCUGAGCACAAGCUGGAGCAGGAGCGAGAGGCGCGCUACAAGGUGCAGCACGAGCUGGACCAGUGGCGCGAGUACUGCACCCGACUCGAGGAGCUGAUCAGGGACAAGGGACUCCCGCUGCCGGACGGGCGGCCCCUGCCUAGCGGUGGAGACAGCACCGAGCGGUGAGCGGAGCGCGAUGCCUUCCUGUGCCUCGGAGCACUCGCCUUCCUGCCGCACAGGCCUCCGGGAAGUCCCGGUGGGGCAGAGCAGACCCGGCCCGGUCGGUCAGCAGACCCGGCGGGGUCGACCAGAGCGGGCCCGGCACGGCCGGGUGGUUACUAAGCAUCGAAACGGCGCGGGUGCUCCAUGAGCGGGCCGCGCGGGUAUCGACCUUUGGUAAACGAUACCUGUAACGGUUACUGAUAUACGCCCACCCCUCUCUCAAUAAAAUGGGCCGUCUCCGCUCGGGUCGGACGGUGGAGCGGAGAGGGUUGGGGGCUUGGUUUUGUAUGCUAAAGGGGCCCAGUGAGGGCGGGGCAUAAAAUGUACAUUGUACAUCUACCCAAGAACUGAUGAUCUGAUGAAUGUCUGAACUGAUGAUGAGUCCCAACCAUGCUGGAGUCUGUGUGUUUGGUGAAGCAGUAUCUACGAAGUGACUAAUGACUAUUGUGAUGGAUCUAAACGAAUGCGUCGGUUCCUACGUCGCCCGUGAUCUGAAUAUAAAUUCCAUCGGGCCCGAGGACUCAUGUAUAGAGGCUACCCGUUGGAACAUUGGCCACACGUGGUCUACAUGUACUACGAAGGAACUGCCGUCGAUUCGGCCUGUGUUGAUGUUAUUUUGUUAACUUUAAGUGUGCCGCUCAGCGGCUGCUGUAUUGUUUUUAAUGUUUUGUAAAGCUACUAUAUAUUUGCUGGUGUAACCGUGCUUGAUAUUUGAUAAUGACCCUCUACUCAACGCAUUGCUUAUACCUAAGCGAAAUUGCUAUGAUAAGUUGUAUGCCAGCGCCGUAGUUGUGUAUUGGCUUAUUGAAGCGAUCUUUAAUUAGUUUCUGCUAUGCGAUUUGUUUGUUUAUCUCACCGUAUUGGGGUGAAUCUUGUUGUAAUGUUGCCUGCGUAGAAGUAACGUACAUUGCGGAGACGUGCUAUACUGAUUAAUUGGGUAUAGGGUCGCCUUUUGUUACUGUGUCAAAUAUCCAUUAUCGUGCUUUAUGCGACGUGCCAUAUGAUUACGAAGCAAGCAGUUGUGAGGCUCAUGCUUGCUGUAACGUGUAUGUGUACCACACCAUAUCAGCCGUAAUAAUAGGGAAGGCCUGUUGCUUUAUGACCAUAUCGGCCAUUGGCGACUUGGAAGCCUGGGGGUUUCGUUACUGCUUAGCGACAGCCGCGUGCAAUGGUGCGGCGUACUGAAAUUGCGACAGCCGUAUGCGCCUGUGUAGAACUGUGGCCGGCCGUGUGCUUUGACGCGACGUCCCGGUCCUGCUGCAGUAUCUGUUCAGGAGCAACCAUCGGACAAUUAUUGGGAUCCUGAUGUAACGCUUGGAUGCUGUGCUGUGUGGGAAUUUGAGAUGUUUGCGUCAUGGAGGGGGCUUGGUGUUGUGUCUGGCACCGUGGUUGAUAUCUCGAACUAUCACUAAGUAAGAAUUUCUUGGGGACUAGAAUCAAGUCGCCGGCCGUUCAAUUCAUUUUUGUCUUUUCUGUUGUUUUUCCCACCUCCGGAGUUGUGACUUGUGUUACAUGACUUCGAAAUACAUUGAUAAUGUCACCAUU